CUAACAUUAGAAUGACCUUGGAAUUGGAAUUUAAUCCACCAGUCACAGCUCGGCCCAACCCACGCCAUUUAGACUUCUCCUGCCCAGUUUGGCAUUUGGGAAGCAUUAGCUGGUUAGGCGUAAGAUCCACCGAGAUCCAUCCGAGAAACAUGGCUGCAGUCCGCUCGAUCCCCAGGGGCAUAAUGACGAUUGAUUGGCUAGCCUACAAUGAAACACUCUGUAAGCUAAUGACAAGCUCUUUGAACGCCAUUAUGGUCAUUCCGAAUCAGCCAAGUUCUUGGGUGUAGUGGUGCAUAGUGAUGCUUGAAUACCAAUCUCGUAUCAGUCUACCUGCCAUGGUAGGCUACGCUUUUCCUCGGGAUCUAUGUGCUAAAAGACAAGGUUAAUAAUACUGUUCGCUUAUUUUGGUUGAUAGGAAGUGCGUGAAGGCAUAAGUAUAAGUAGCCACGGCUCUGUCGAUCAUAGUCCCCAUCUCCUGCCCAACCACUCAACUCAACUCAGGCUUUAUUCCGAGUAAUCGUGUCGAGGAGAAGAAUCAUCUUCAAAAUGGUUGCCUUCAAGUCCCUUUUCGCCGCCGCCAUGGCUCUUCUGCCAGCGGUCAGCGCCACCCGCACCUUUUACAACGACGGUCACCUCAACGGCUUUGACUUUGUUCGCCACGAAGCUCAGGGCACCGUCUCUGAAGUUUCCAACGUCGUCUACAAGGGCACCUCGGCCCUCAAGAUGACCCAGACCUACCUCGGAACCUCGUACCACGACCGCUACCACUCCGAGGUCGACCACAACCAAGGCUACAAGCGUGGCGACGAGCUCUUCUACGGCUUCACGUUCCGCCUCUCCGACACGUGGGAGACGUCCAGCCAGUCCUACAACCUUGCGCAGUUCAUUGCCAACCGCCCCGGCGCUGGCUGUGGCGGCGACGACUGGAUGCCCUCCACCAUGAUCUGGACGCAGAACGGCCAGCUGUACGCUCGCUACGUCAACGGCCACUACCGCCAGCCCAACUGCGGCCGCAACAUCGUCACCCGCCCCAACCUGGCCGCCAUCAACCCGGGCCAGUGGCACAAGGUCAUUCUCCAGAUCAAGUGGGCGUCCGAUGGCACCGGCUACUUCAAGGUCUGGUUCGACGACGUCAAGGUGCACGAGGAGUACAACAUCUCCACCACCCUCGACGACGACAGCCUCUUCCAGUUCCGCAUCGGCCUCUACGCCAACAGCUGGCACGACGACAACAAGAUGGUUGGUAGCCAGAGCUUCCGCCAGGUCUGGUACGAUGAGGUUGCUGUUGGCACCACCUUUGCCGAUGUCGACCCCGGCGCGCCCAACUAA